GAAGAUACAGCGCCGGAAUGAGCAACGACUGCUUUUAUAUGCAUCAGCGGCGCGACGCGUCUGUAUAUAGGUCACCCCAAUUCGGUGUCAGUCCCGAACCACCAACUACCCUUUCGAUUAACAAUGGCCCGUACCAAGCAAACCGCUCGCAAGUCUACUGGUGGCAAAGCCCCUCGUAAGCAAUUGGCAGCCAAGUCUGCAGCCCGCAAGACCGCACAAGCAAGCACUGGUGGUGUCAAGAAGCCCCAUCGUUUCCGUCCCGGUACCGUCGCUCUUCGUGAGAUCCGUCGGUACCAGAAAUCAACAGAGCUGCUCAUCCGCAAGCUCCCCUUCCAACGACUUGUUCGUGAAAUCGCACAGGACUUCAAGACUGACCUGCGCUUCCAAUCAUCUGCCGUGAUGGCUCUUCAAGAAGCCGCUGAAGCAUACCUCGUCUCAUUGUUCGAGGACACCAACUUGGCUGCUAUUCACGCCAAGCGUGUCACUAUUCAACCAAAAGAUCUUGCUCUUGCACGGCGGCUUCGUGGCGAGCCCGUGCUCGCAGCACCUCUUAAAUCUGUCGUCCAUCACCAACAUUCACCCUCCUGUGUCAUCGCGGGCGUCGCUUAUCCAGACCCUGGGCACUCCCUCGUCCUCCUUGACAGACAAGAACUUCACCCUCCCACAGGACUCUCUGAGCGCGCUUUCACCGACUUCCUACUCUUCUGUCACGAAUCCGGCGGUCGUUCAUCUUCCAGCCGCCACGUCGCUCGUCAACAAGGCAGCUACUUGUCCGACGCUCUCGAGGAUCCAGCAGAGAGCGAUAGUAUGCUUGACACAACCACUCCAGGAGGCACUCCAGCGUCCAGUGAUCAGCAAGAUCAGAGUGCUAGUUCUUCCACUAAAGUGCAGCUGGCCCCACGUCGACCGGUACGCCCGCCGAUGCGGCGGAAAGCCCACCCUCUGGGAACACGGCUGCGAUCAGCCCUCCAGAGAAUGACGCGGCAUCGUCCCAUGACAGGGACCCAUCCGAGACGCAGCCAGCCCAGUCCGACUCGUCUGCGUUUGACACGCCCUUCGCCGCGAUACCUCAAGGUGUAACCGCCGGCCUCUCCAGCCCUUCUAUGGACGGCAGCGUAUCCGACAGCUUUGGUGACGUAUCUGGUAGUUUUAGCGACGUAUUUGAUGGCCUUGACGAUCCACUGGUCGAUGAUGGAGGGGAGCCUGUUUCUAUGAAUGUUCAAAGUGAUGUAUAGGCGGGAAUGAGACUUGUGAUAGUGAUGUACAACCUAUUCUCUUGUUGAUAGUCAUGCAAAUCAACGCGGUUCAAACUGGGAUUAGUUCAUCAGAAGACUGGGUCACGAAGCUCACUUUGCCAUUUGGUCUCGUCAUUCUA